AUGUCUGGAUCGCAUUCGAGAUCUCUGUCACGAACAAGUUUGGAGGUUCCCAGGAAGAGUAUUGAAUUGGUUGAUCCCGGUGCACAUGAACUAUCCUCAGAAGGGGAAGAAGAUCACUUUUCCGACGCCUCGGAAGGCCAAAAACGAUCGAGACCAGUGACUCCUGUCUCUCCCAUUCCAAGGACUCGCAUAGAGAAAGUCGAUGACGAGCCAAGUUACGGCGAGGUCCCUGGGACUCCUGCAUAUGACAAGCGAGCCCUAGAUGCGGUGCCUGAUGAGGUAGAGAUACUCUCCCCGAACAGGAGUCGGGGAGUUUCCAUUGAACGCCCAACCACACCUGGGGGCACUCUCAUACCGCGAACUGUUGUCGAGAAGCUCGACCCCGAAUCGCCCAGUUAUGGCGAGGUCCCGGGCACUCCAGCAUAUCAACAAAGACAAAUGGAUGCCGCUCCCGACGUUAUCCUGAAGACGCCCGAUCCGACAAAGAGACGGCCGAUCGAAGAUGACACACAGCGAGAACGUCCCCCUUCUAAUGUUGCAGUACCUGAAACAAUCGUCUUCAGAGUAGAUUCCGAGCCUGCGCACGGCGAGGUACCUGGGACAGAGGCAUACAAGAAGCGGGCUCUUGAUGCGGCACCCGACAUUGUGGAAAAGAAGAGUGAUGAAUCAGGUAAUUCUAGUUCCAGACGAAGAUCCACACUUCAAAAUAACAGUAACGAAAGUAAUGAUUUCGGAGACGAUUUUGACGAUUUCGAGGAAGGUGGACAGGCAGGAGCAGAUGACGACUUUGGGGACUUCGAUGAUGAGUUUCAGGAACCUGAAGUUGAAGCUGAAGAUGCUACGGCAUCGCCUGUAUCUACCUCUCAAUCCAAUCAAAUACCUCCCCAACCCUUUCCUUUGAUCGACUUCAGCAAGCUCUCGUCUGUUCCAGAGCUAUUCGCUGUUACGCAGGCUCACCUGGAUGCCAUGUUUCCCUCUUCUACAACCGAAAAGCUCUCAUUUAUAACACAACAAGAACCCGUUCCAGACGACUCACCGAUUUUUCCCUCCGACAGAUCACGCUCCCUCUGGAAACAACUGAUAACUCCUCCACCACUUCAGUCGCCCAAUUGGACACAGUCAAGGAUACGACGGCUCUUCUUGAUCAGCCUUGGUGUUCCCGUCGACCUGGACGAAAUCCUUCCACCUUCAAAGCAGAAGAAACUCAUCCUCCCCGAUAUUAACCUGGAACCUUCUUCACGACAGUCAGAAUCUGACAGAACACUAGGAUCCGUGGCUCGGCUGAAAGCCCGAGCAGCCAAUGACUCUACAGGCUCAGUGGACAGUACACAAUCUGGAUCUGCUAAAGAACGACGGUCUAGGAGACCGAAAGGCCCGCCACCACCUCCCGAAUUAGACUUGAUGGCCGUGAAGCGUCUGUGUGCGACAACGGACGAGAAAUUGGACGGCUUAACGGACGAGGAAAUGAAGGAUCACGUGAAAGAGCUACAGGACGUCACUGAAAGGACUUUGGAACUUUUAGAGUAUUGGCUCAAGCGGCGGGAUGGCUUGCGGAAGGAGAAAGAAGCCUUCGAAGAAGUCAUUGAGAAUCUCGUCAGACAUGCGAGGAGAGUGAGGAAGUAG